AUGUCCCCCCUCCUCCACCUCCUCCUUGUCCUCCUCCUCCUCCCCCACCUCACCCUCGCCGACUGCGGCCCCGACUACUGCGGUUUCAAAAUAGGCGGGCGAUGCUACUGCCUCGGCGACCCGGAAAGCUGUGCGUACUACUGCCGACUCGAUUACGGCGAUAUAGUUGUUUUCAUCUUGAUGGCCAUUGGGCUUAUGAGCUUGAUCAGGAUCGUGAUGAGUAUUUGGUGGGCGACUGUGGGCGGGUUGUGGUGGAUUGUGUGUGCGUUUUUCUGGGUGGUGUUUGGAGGUGGGAAUAAGAAGAGGGAUGCUUAG